AUGCUGCAGUCACCACCUCCUGCUGCCUGUCCCGGCUCCUUCCUCACCAUCACCUUCUGCUUCGCUUGCAGGAGCCUGAUGCCACGGACGCUCGACAGCCAGAUCACGGUGGAGAAGACCCCCAGCUACUUUGUCACCAAAGAGGCACCACGGCGGAUCUUCAACAUGUCCCGGGACACGAAGCUGAUCGUGGUGGUGCGGAACCCGGUCACCAGGGCCAUCUCGGACUACACACAGACCCUCUCCAAGAAGCCGGACAUCCCCACCUUCGAGGGGCUGACCUUCCGCAACCGCAGCCUGGGGCUGGUGGACACCUCCUGGAACGCCAUCCGCAUCGGGAUGUAUGCCGUGCACCUGGAGAGCUGGCUCCAGUACUUCCCCCUCUCCCAGAUUCACUUUGUCAGCGGGGAGAAGCUGAUCACAGAUCCAGCUGGGGAGAUGGGCAAAGUCCAGGACUUCCUGGGCAUUAAACGGGUUAUCACGGACAAGCACUUCUACUUCAACAAGACAAAAGGCUUUCCGUGCCUGAAGAAGUCAGAGAGCAGUGGCUUGCCUCGCUGCCUGGGCAAGUCCAAGGGCAGGACUCAUGUGCAGAUAGACCCCGAGGUGAUCGAGCAGCUUCGGGACUUUUAUAGACCUUAUAAUAUCAAAUUCUAUGAAACGGUCGGGCAGGACUUCAGGUGGGAAUAGGCGUCCAGGAGCAGUGCUGCAGUGACAUGAGGCUGCAAUCUUCCAUGAGGGGGGCCCCAGGGGCUGGAGCCAGGAUCCUCCCAGCUCGUCCUGCCUGGAAUUGCAAGCAGAGGCAGGCGAGGGCCUCCCUGUCCCUUGGGAGUCAGCAGUGCUCUGGAGCAAGCCAAGACAAGGAAGACACGAAUCCUGCUGCAGCCACCAUGCUGAGGGAUGAGGGCCCAGCAGCACUGCCUGUCCCGGCGGGUCAGCAGCACUAUGGCUUGUCCUGUGGGGUCCUGUUUGCUUUUAACACCACGUGGUCCCUAGGGCACAGUGAUGGCCCCAUCCUGCAGCCUGUGAGCAGGCUGCUCCAAGCACGUCCCUCCCCUGUGUCCCAAGGCAGAUGGGUGCUCCUGGACAGUGGCAGUGGGACUGUCUCCCCACACCCUGGGCAGGCAGAGCUCCGGCCUCUCCACUUGCCUUCGUCACUCGUGCGCAGUGUGUACCCAUGAGGACAGUGAGAUGUAUCUGCUUGACAAAGAAGUCCAUGGAAAAUGUUGUACUGAUAUUUUGUCCUGUGAAUAAAGCACAGAAUCCUGCUGUUACGGGUACUUUAGUGGCACUAGUUUCCUUGUUCAGCAUGUGAUCC